UUUGUCAUCAUACCUUUAUAUUUCACAGGACAUUGGGCCUUUUGGGGAAUGGACAGCGUUUGAGGGAUAGUGGAUUGUGGGAUCUGCUGGAGAAGGCAUCUUGCAAUGCUCCGGCAGCUUUACCAGCUUCACAGUUCACUGCAUGAGUGGGCAUCAACCUAUCUGACAACCCCAGUCCUCACAGAAGCCAAGUUCCCCUCCCUUCCCCAUGGAGCCUGGCUACUGUGGUUCCUGCUGGCAUCCCUAAGUGUGCCCUGUGCGGCUAGAUCUACUUCUACUGUGUUCAAGGUAGGGGUAGUUGGACCGUGGAAAUGUGACCCUCUGUUUGCUAAGGCACUGCCCCAGACGGCAGCGCAGCUAGCUGUGGAGAGGAUCAACAAUGACCCCUCACUGUCUCUGGGCACCACCUUUGAGUAUGUCAUCAUUGACGAGGACUGCCAGACAUCCAUGGCACUCAAGGGUUUCUUAGGUCACUACGCACGGGCUAAUGCCUUCCUGGGCCCUGUCAACCCUGGCUACUGUGAUGCAGCCUCUUUACUGGCCAACAACUGGAACAAGGCCCUGUUCUCUUGGACCUGUGUGAACUACGAGCUGGACGACCGAAGUAGGCACCUUACUUUCGCCCGCACGGUGCCCUCGCCCACCUGGGUGCUGCUCAGCCUGGUGAGACACUUCCGCUGGGCACACAUAGGGAUCAUCUCCUCGGCUGAGGAUGUGUGGGUGGACACAGGCAGCAAGGUCGCUGACGCUCUGCGGAGCUACGGCCUCCCUGUCACCACCGUGGUCUCCACAGACAAGGACCCUGCCAGCAUACGACUGGCUCUGACUAGGGUCAAGAGGGCAGAAAACAUCCGCAUGGUGAUCCUCUGCAUGCACUCUGUGCUGAUUGGAGGACACAUCCAGAGGUUGCUGUUGGAGACUGCUCUGGACAUGCACCUGACGGACGGUUCCCUGGUGUUCAUCCCCUACGACACACUACUCUACAGCCUGCCCUACAGGGAUGUCCGCUACCCAGCCCUCAUCAACAACGGCAAGCUGCGGAGAGCAUACGACGCUGUCCUGACCGUCACCAUGGACUCAGAGGAGAACUCAUUCUACAAGGCCUACCAGAAGACUGUGAAUGUUGGGGGGGUUCCCAGACACAUCAAGCUCCACCAGAUUUCUCCUCUGUUUGGUACCAUCUACAGCUCGAUCCUCUUCAUGGCUAACGCUCUGCAGAAUGUUCGUGAUGCUGGGGAGUGGAGGUCUGGAGCCAACCUGGUGCGCCACUCCAGGAACAUGGCUUUCUAUGGUUUCAGCCAGCGUGUCCGCACCAACGGUUCCGGGGCCAGCUUGUUGAAGUAUGUGAUGCUGGACACAGAUGGGCAGUCCUGGCCUCUGCUGCCCACCCACUGUGUGGACCUGGAGGCUGGGAUGGUGAUGUCUCUGGGCCGCAGCAUCCACUUCCCAGGGGGGGUCCAGCCCAGCCCAGACUCUAGCUGCUGGUUCAUUCCAGGCACCUUAUGCACAGGAGGGAGAGUGGAUCCAUUCCAUCUUAUCAUAGUCUUCCUGUGUAUCCUUUUGACCAUUAUCUUCUCAAGUGGACUCUACUACUGUAUAAGGAGGCGUAUCAACCAGAUUAGUUUAGUCAGGGGUCCUGACAAGAUCAUGCUAACCCUGGCAGAUGUGAUCUUCAUCAACCCCUCACUCAGUAAUAAGAAGCUAAGUUUAGAUGAUAGCAAAGUGGGUGAUAUGCGUAGGAAACCCUCAGACACGGAUCGUCAGAGCCUCUCUACUCCCUUCUCUGACUCCACCGUCACCCCGGCAACCUAUGCAAACUCCAACAUAGCCAUCUUUGAGGGAGACUGGGCUUGGAUGAAAAGACUCCCGUCUGGAAACUUUAAAGCCAUUACUCCCCAGACCAGUGACGUCUUUGAGUUGAUGAAGGACAUACGACACGAGAACGUCAACCUCUUCCUGGGGUUUUUCCUUGACUGUGGUGUUUUCGGCAUCAUGACAGAGUAUUGCUCACGUAGCAGCUUGCAGGACUUGCUAAGCAAUAGUGACGUUAAACUGGACUGGAUGUUUAAGACCUCCCUGUUAUUGGACCUUAUCAAGGGCAUGAAGUACCUCCACCACCGAGGUGUUUGUCAUGGACGACUCAAGUCUCGGAACUGCGUAGUGGAUGGCCGCUUUGUGCUCAAGCUCACAGACUACGGCUACAACAAGAUUUUGAUGGCACAAAGAUUCCCAUAUGAAGAUCCCUCCGCAGAAGAGCUGCUGUGGACGGCCCCUGAGAUCCUACGGAGCCCUCACCCAGGGUUGUGCGGCACCCAGCUAGGGGACGUCUACAGCUUCGCCAUCAUCAUGCAGGAGGUGGUGCUGCGGGGACCUCCCUUCUGUAUGCUGGACCUGUCUGCUGAAGAUGUCAUCCAGAAGGUGAGGAAUUCUCCACCACUGUGCCGCCCUGUGGUAUCACCAGACCACGCCCCCCUGGAGUGUAUCCAGCUGAUGAAACAGUGCUGGAACGAACAGGCAGAUAGGCGGCCGCACUUCAAUGACAUCUUUGACCAGUUUAAGAACAUCAACAAAGGGAGGAAGACCAACAUUAUAGACUCCAUGCUGCGGAUGCUGGAGCAGUACUCCUCUAACCUGGAGGAGCUGAUCAGAGAGAGGACUGAGGAGCUGGAGAUAGAGAAACUGAAGACUGAGAAACUACUCACUCAGAUGCUGCCUCCAUCUGUUGCAGACGUCCUGAAGGUUGGCGGUACUGUGGAACCAGAGCAUUUUGAAAAUGUAACACUUUACUUCAGCGACAUAGUAGGUUUUACCACAAUCUCUGCCAACAGCGAGCCUAUCGAAGUGGUGGACCUCCUCAAUGACCUAUAUACUCUAUUUGACGCCAUCAUUGGCAAUCAUGAUGUAUACAAGGUGGAGACAAUAGGAGAUGCAUACAUGGUGGCGUCCGGCCUACCUGUUCCCAAUGGAAACCGUCAUGCUGCAGAGAUAUCCAGCAUGGCCCUGGACAUCCUGAGUGCUGUUGGCACCUUCAAGAUGAGACACAUGCCGGAUGUACCUGUUCGCAUACGCAUUGGACUGCACUCAGGCCCAUGUGUUGCUGGGGUGGUAGGCCUCACCAUGCCCAGGUACUGUCUGUUUGGUGACACAGUCAACACUGCCUCCAGGAUGGAAUCCACAGGAAUGCCCUCCCGAAUCCAUUUGAGCCAUAGCACAGCAAAGAUCCUGGUGGAUCUGAGAGAAGGCUACCAGGUUCAACUUCGUGGAAAGACAGAGCUCAAGGGGAAAGGAAUGGAGGAGACCUACUGGCUGGUUGGAAGGGACAGUUUCACCAAACCCCUGCCUGUGCCACCUGAGCUUAAGUCAGGGAAAAUGGCUCAUGGCUUGCAGAUGGAGGAGAUCAACCGACACAAGCGGAAGAAAGCGGAACAACAACUUGCCAAGGAGAAUAAAUGAUGUAGAGUUAUGCAUGAAAAAUGUAUAGCAUUACAAGGUGUUCAUGACUAGAGUAGUAUCUCAGUGGAAUACUCAGUACUUACACUGAUUGCCUUUUUACUCUUCCUGGAUUUUUUUCUGCUGAAGAUCUUGCUAACAGCUGACUAACGUUGUGUUCUUUCAAACUUAACCGGAGCGCAAGUGGGACUCUCUCUUCAGCAAUGACAGUUCAAUGGGAAAAAAAGGCCACAGGCUUUAUGAACUGAUGUCCCACAUCCUUCUUGCUGUCUUUCAGAACGAAGACAGCGAAGGACUUAAAGCAUCUCCUGCAGAAAGCGGUGAGGA